AUGGAUGCGCAAUCAGAUAUUGAAGAGAGCAAUGUUCUAACAAGUGUUCUGUCUGCAUUCUAUGGUUACGGAGACUGGUUGCGUUCAACACAUCUUACACCCAAGACAAUCAGGUACGAUAGCCUAAGUGCAGAAGAUCAGAAAUUGUUGGCGUGGUUUCCCGAAUAUUUGCAGAGGUUUGCCAAAGCAAUAGACGCAAACGAGAAAUUGUUCCAAGAAAUUGCUGUUUCUUCUGCCGAGAACUUUGGGGUACCAAUAGAUCCAAUAGCAUGGCAUCAUGCUUUGGAGAGUGAUUUUGCGAAAGUUGACAAUGUCGUCUCACAGAUAUUGAGAGAAUGGACUGAAGAUGGUAAAGCGGAAAGAGACGUGUGUUUUGGUAAAAUCUUGGGGGAAUUGCAAGAGAGGUUUCCCAAUGUGGAGGAAAGACCCCAGUUGAAGUGUCUGUUGCCCGGGACGGGACUGGGAAGAAUGCUACUGGAAAUGGUAAGGCUUGGGUUCCUAUCAAUAGGAAACGAGUAUACCUACCACAUGAUCACUAUGUCGUUUUUCAUCUUGAACAACGUGCAAAGGCCGAACCAAUAUACACUGCAUCCAUUCUUGGGAAAAUCCAAAAAUGUUUCUUCAAGAGAGAAUCAGCUCAAAUCAGUUACAUUUCCUGACUCAUCUCCACAUGAGCGUACCAAGUUCAUGGAACAAAAUCCACAGAUCGAGUUCAGCGACCUGAUGUCAAUGGUGACAGGCUCCUUUUUGGACUUGUACGGACCACCGGGAUUAAGCUUCUCCAAUGAGUACACGGCAAACAUAGAGACUGCAGAAUUCAGAAGUCAGAACAAAUCGUCCCUUGAUGUGAUUGCCACAUGUUUCUUUUUGGACACUGCAAUCAACAUUAUUGAUUACUUGAAGGCCAUUCAUCACUGCCUCAAGCCUAACGGCAUAUGGCUCAACUUUGGGCCAUUAUUAUGGCACUGGGAAGAUGAUAACACCACAAUAAAGCUGACAUCUCAAAAUAGGGAUGGAUCUCAAAAGGAUGAAUAUGUGCCCACCAAGGGCUUGGAAUUGUCACGAGACGACUUGAUCCAACUGUGCAAUGAUAUAGGAUUUGUGUUUGAGAAGCACGAAAGUGGGCUAGAGGCUACCUACGGAUCAGAUCGAAGGAGCCUUGGUGAAUUCCGCUACAAAUGCGAAUUCUGGGUGUGUAGAAAGAGCCAAAAAUGA